UUACUAUUAUUUUUUUUAAUAAUCAUAGUGUUCGUACAAACUUUUAUCUUAUCUGCCUAAAUUAGUCCACGGUAUAAGCAGUUAAUUCUGUCCGAUCAAACACUCUGACAAAUCGCCUGGUGUUUGUAUUUUUUUUUUCUUGUUGAGCUGGGACAAGAGGGAUUCUGUCAAUGACCCAUACAACUAAUUAGAAUGACAGAGAAGAUUCGAAGGUGCUGCGAGGUUUGUGGCAAUAUAUCCUUUGUUGAUGGGGGUGAUGGAUUCUUCUACUGCACUCGUUGCGGUUCUCAAGCGAAUGACAUCAUUGACACCGGUGUUGAUGAUGAUGACCUAUUCAAUGUAGACGGGGGAAUAUAUUCUGCUAGCCAGCGUCGUCAAUAUAGUCAGGUCCCUAAACCUGAAACCAUAUCUCAGGUACAACUCUCCCAGCAUUUAGAGACUUUGAAAACCUUCGAUGACUAUGAUGAGCGUAAUGUAGAUGAUGGAGUUGGGCCUGCUGAGCCUAGUGAUUUUGGAUCAUCUCAAAUUUCUUUGACUUAUACAGACUAUUAUUCAGAGAUCCGGUUGAGGUAUGUUAUGGGAGUACAAGUUAUGAUUCAAAUGCAGUGCAAGGCUCUGGUGGAGAAAUUUAACGUAAGUCCUCUGAUUGUUGGGCUUGCCGGGCCAAUUUGGUUGAGACUCUUGGCACAUGAAAAGGUGUUGAGUGAUGAGUGGGCAGACAAUGCCAUCAAUGAAUCAGAGUCUCAAACUCAAGGGGAAAUUAAACUUUCACAGCCUACUGGCAGCAAUAAAACAGAACCUCAUAAUUUACUUGGAAAACGGGCAGUAACCAUAUGGCAUAGAUCUUUGAGCAACAUGAUUCCAUUACCUUGUUCUCUGGCUAUCUCUUUUCUUGUCUGUCACGUGGCAAGGGAAGCAAUCUUGCCAACAGACAUAUUGAAGUGGGCGUUAGAAGGAAAGCUCCCAUAUUUUGCUGCUUUCCUUGAAAUAGAGAAGCAGCUGGGACCUCCUCCAAGGUCCUGCCCUAUCAGUACCAGUCGUAUGUUCAGGCCUAUCAGAACUAUCACCUUGCAAAAGUUAGAGUCCCUUGCUGCCUUCAUCGCCAGGAAAAUAGGCUUGGAAUUGCCUUCAGUGAACUUCCAUGCUAUAGCUUCCCGUUAUCUCAAGCAUUUAUCGCUUCCUGUUGAGAAAAUUCUUCCUCAGGCAUUCCAAGUGUAUGAGUGGUCUAUGCCUCCGGAGUUGUAUUUAUCAGAUAGUGACAUCAGACUGCCUUCUCGUGUUUGCGUGAUGUCUAUACUGAUUGUGACAAUGAGGAUUCUUUAUGACCUAAAUGGCGGAAAGUGGGAAUUGAUUUCAUCUUGUUCCAGUAAUUUAGAGUCUGCUGUUGAGAAGGGAGCUGGAGAAUGCGGUGCUAUUGCUGAGGACGACUCUGCUUCUUGUGAUUCAGAUUCUCAUGGCAGUACAUCAGAUAUGAGUAAAUCUAAUUUUGAUGCUUUGAAACUCUUGAAGAUUCUUGAAGAAAAAUACACUGAGCUCAGUGUUACAUAUGCAGAUUUUUCAAAAGAUUUACAAUCAUAUCUUCUGUACUGCAAAGAUGUGGUUUUCGCUGGACUAGAACCUGCUUAUGACGAUCUUGAAGAAGAAAGGAUAAUAGAAGAUCUAUGGGACUUCUAUCAAAGCCAUAAGGCUAAAGCAUCAGAAGAUGGGAAAACAGACUGCGGCCGAACACCAAAAGAAGGUAAGAAGUUUAGGGAUGAUGGUGGUUCAAACACAGCUAAUCACUCGCAAUGCGUGUUAGGGGAAACAGCGUUGGGACAGCUGAAAGCAGAUAUGGGAGAGAAUCGAUUUGUUUAUAUACCACCGAGGAAAAAUGUGAAGAAGAAAGACGGUUACAUCAGGACAAAGUAGGAAUGUCAUCCUAUCCAUAAGUGGCUUCUAAUUAUGACCACAUGAGUUGAAGAAUCAUACUAUUGUUAUGAGAGAUGAAAUGAAGAAGCAAUGUCAUUCUCGGUAGAUCACUCAUCACCGCAAGUGAGACAAACAGGUAUAGCACAACUACUUCCAGUGGUCCACCAGACAAUUUAUCCAACAGCUUUGUGAUAUAAACUAAAUGGUUUUGCAAAGAUCUCUUUCCUUUCGUUGUACUAGAACUUUGGUUUUACUUAGUGAGGAACCGUUUCACUAGGUGUCGUGUACUACUACUGUCCACGAAUCUAUUUUGAGUUGUCCCAAAAUUGGUAUACUUUCCUAGAAGGGAACUUCAGUACUACUUCAAUAUUUAAAAUUCUUGAUAAUUAGUUUCUUUUUCAA